UACCUUCACUCCCCAGUCCCCAUGGCCCAAGCUUGGGCCUUCGCCCUCCUCGCCCUCUUCUCCUUCUCCUCGUAUGUGUCCAGGCUCUUCAUCUGCGGCAGGAAUGGCGAGGGAGGAUCCUUCCUUUGUGCGCGGUCUCCGGAGCCAGAGCUCCCAUCCAUUGCCAGCGAGAGGUACCGGACCUCCUACCACUUCCAGCCUCUCAAGAACUGGAUGAACGAUCCAAGUGGACCAGUGUACUACAAUGGCAUCUACCAUGAAUUCUACCAGCAUAACCCGGGUGGCACCAUUGGGACUGACAUAGUUUGGGGCCAUUCAGUUUCAACCGACCUCGUCAACUGGCUCCGGCUUGAACCUGCAAUGGUACGGGAUACCCCGAAUGACAUAAAAGGUUGCUGGACAGGCUCAACCACAAUUAUAAAUGGUGAUCAGCCAGUGAUCAUAUACACCGGUGGCGACUCGCAGGGUCGUCAGGUCCAAAACAUUGCGCUUCCCAAAAAUCGGUCUGACCCAUACCUGAGGGAAUGGAUCAAAGGAGGAAAUAACCCAGUGCUUCUACCGGACGGACCAGGGAUGAACUUGAUCCAGUUCAGGGAUCCGACAACCGGUUGGAUUGGACCUGACGGACUAUGGAGAAUAGCAGUUGGUGCUGAGCUGUAUGGCUACGGUGCUGCACUUUUAUACAAGAGUGAAGACUUUCUAAGUUGGACUAGAGUUGAUCACCCCCUGUAUACAUCCAAUGCCUCUGCUAUGUGGGAGUGCCCGGAUUUCUUCCCGGUAUUGCCAGGCAAUAAUGGUGGACUGGACCUGUCCGCAGCCAUCCCGAAAGGCGCCAAGCAUGUCCUCAAAAUGAGCCUGGAUUCGUCUGACAAGUACAUGAUUGGGGUUUAUGACCUCAAACGUGACGCUUUUGUUCCGGAUAUUGUCCUAGAUGACCGUCGGCUGUGGUUGAGGAUCGAUUACGGCUCUUUCUAUGCUUCAAAAUCAUUCUUUGACUCGAAAAAAGGAAGGAGGAUCAUAUGGGGUUGGUCUAACGAGACAGAUAGUCCUGCAGAUGAUGUUGUCAAAGGUUGGGCCGGUAUCCAUGCAAUCCCCAGGACAAUUUGGUUGGACAGCGAUGGCAAACAAUUGCUGCAAUGGCCAAUUGAUGAGAUUGAGUCCCUCCGAAGAAAUGAAAUCAACCAUCAAGAACUAGAGCUGAAGAAGGGUGAUUUAUUUGAGAUUAAGGGAAUUGACACUUUGCAGGCUGAUGUUGAGGUAGAUUUUGAGCUGACGUCGAUUGACAGUGCCGAUCCUUUUGAUCCUUCCUGGCUUUUGGAUGUCGAGAAGCAUUGUCGUGAAUCCGGUGCAUCGGUUCAAGGCGGCAUAGGGCCAUUUGGACUUGUUGUUCUUGCCUCUGACAACAUGGAGGAGCACACUGUUGUGCACUUCAGAGUUUACAAAUCACAUCAAAGCUACAUGGUUCUUAUGUGCUCUGACCUAAGAAGGUCUUCUCUAAGAUCAGAACUGUACACACCAGCCUAUGGAGGCUUCUUUGAAGUUGACCUUGAAAGGGAAAGCAAGAUAUCUCUCAGAACUCUGAUUGACCGGUCGGCGGUGGAGAGCUUUGGCGGGGGUGGCAGGGUCUGCAUAACGUCCAGAGUUUAUCCAGUGGCACUUGCCGACAACGACACGAUCCACAUGUAUGCCUUUAACAAUGGAAGUACCACGGUCAGGGUGCCACAACUCAGGGCAUGGAGCAUGAUGACAGCACAAGUGAAUGUAAUUCAGGGUUGAAGUGAUGAUUAACAGAGAAGAGCAAUUUCUUUUUCUUCAUUUUUGUACUCUCAUUCAAGAACUCUCCUUGGUACAAAUAAAAGGAAAUUCCAAAAAGUAGCUGAUUGUUUCCAUGUUCC